AUGCCAGCGCCCGCGUCGGCGGGCGCUGCAUGCAAGAACAUCACCGUAGUCCCGAGCGCCUUCACGACGGGCUGCAGCGACAUCGUCCUGGUGCCGGGUGACAUUCUGGACGUGUCCGCCCCGACCACCCUGGCAAACGUGACCCUCACGUGGACGGACUCUGACUACUUUCCCGACCCAAACAACUACCCGGACAAUCUGACCUUUGGCAUAGCAGGAGACGGGAGCGACAGCCUCUACCCCUUCAACGCAUCCUACCUGGACAGCGGCGGCACCCCCCAAUUCUGCAUCGGCCUGGUCACGGUCAAGGCCUGCCCCGCGCUGCAGUGCCGCCCCGUCACGGUCAACCUCACUCAGAUCACCACAAACUGCGUCAACUCCGCCAAUCUGACAAAAGACGCGUUCGUGGCCGUGGGUCCGGGCGGCGCGCUGGGAGCCGUCAAUGUCGCCUUCACAAACGCCAGUCCAACUGUGCUCACUCCAAAUGAAAAUUGGAGCUUUUCCCCAGGCACAUACUUCUACAAUGCAUCAGACGGCUCUGGCAACGCCUGCAACGACACGAUCACCGUCGCGCCCUGCAUUCUUGAGUGCAAGGCGCCCAAUUUUGUGCAGCAGCCGGCGCUCAAUUUCACAGUCGGCUGUCUUCCUGCCAACACCAGCAAAGAAGAUUUUGUGCAGGUCCAGAGCGUUGGAGACAUACCGAACGUGGCCGUCACGUUCACGUCUGCGCAGCCUACAACCACCACAAGUAGCGGGUUCGAGUUUGGCGCCAUCGGUCCAUUCCCAUAUAACGCGUCCCUCAACGGCGCAACCUGCACUGGCAUGGCCACCGUGACCGCCUGCGGGGCCACCGUGCAGUGCCUCUCCACGUUCGCCCAGCUCACCAAUGCCACGGGCGCCAGCCUCAACGCCACCGCGCCUGCCCCUACGGGGCCCUUUUUCCAGCCCUCCACGCUGGGCGCGGCUGCCAGCGGCUUCACGGUUUCAAACUCGGCGGGCUCACAGUCGGCGCUGCCUGUGGCCUACCCCAUCGGCUCCUGGAGCGUCAUCGGCGUCGUCACCUACCCGACCGGCCCGGUCGCCACCCCAGCCUGCAACAUCACUGUGAUUGACACGACGCUGCCGCCGACGCCUGUGCCAAAACCAGGGCCGCUGUGCUUCUACAGCAACGAGAGCUCAAACGUGCCCUCCUAUGACGUCUUUGUCUCAGACCUGGCAGAGCUCCCACCCGGCAGCUACUGCCCCUCCAGCAGCCACAGCAGCCAGCUGCGGAUCUACGCGGUCGGGUGCGAGCGGAGCAUCCGCAACAAGCGGGCUCGCAUCUGCUGGCCCCAGGACGGCGAGGCUGUUGACAUCAACCGCAAGAACGCCGCCAGCAAGGAGGUCAUCAGCGUGACCCUGCAGGCAAUCAGCACUGCCAGCUGGCCCGUGCUGGUCAACAACAAUGCCUCUGCAAAGGUGGCCGUCGCUGCGGAGGUCUACAAGAAGAGGAGCAACGUGCCCAAGAAGCUCCGGGCGACGUGCAAGCCCGUGUGGAAGAGGCACCCCAGGGGGCCGCAAGGAGCGGGCCGGAGGUGA